CGCGCGCUCGACUGGUCUCUCUCGGUCUCUCUCUCUCUCCAUUCCCAGGGAUGAGUCGCCUCUUUUCCCGGCAUCCUUUCUGAUUGGCUUCCUGGCGCCCUGCCAAGGCGGAAGUCGUCCGAGAUGAUGGCGGCCGUUAUUCCCCUCCGUGGCUCCUCAUCGAGAUCUUCCUGGAUAGCGCUCGCCUCGAUGCUGCUGCUGCUGCUGCUGCUGGUGGUUAUAGUGCCGGGACCCGCGUUGGCCGGCAGGAAUCGAGUCAAAGUACUGACUGACGGAGCGUGGCAAGAACUGCUGCAGGGCGAGUGGAUGGUGGAAUUCUAUGCUCCUUGGUGUCCUGCCUGUCAGAAUUUACAGCCGGAAUGGGAAAGCUUUGCUGAAUGGAGCGAGGAUCUUGAAGUGAACAUUGCCAAAGUGGAUGUAACAGAGCAGCCAGGACUAAGUGGAAGAUUUGUCAUAACAGCACUUCCCACCAUUUACCAUUGUAAAGAUGGAGAAUUUAGACGGUACCAAGGUCCCCGAACUAAAAGUGACUUCAUCAAUUUUAUCAGUGAGCAAGAAUGGAAGUCUGUUGAGCCCAUUUCUUCAUGGCUUGGCCCAUCUUCAUUUUUGAUGAGCAGCAUGUCUGCCUUAUUUCAGCUUUCCAUGUGGAUUAGGCAAUGUCACACUUAUUUCACAGAAAACCUUGGUAUACCAAACUGGGGAUCCUAUGCAAUUUUUGCAUUUGUAACUUUGUUUUCGGGGUUGCUGCUAGGCCUUAUCAUGGUAUUUCUGGCUGAUUGUGUGUGUCCCUCUAAAAAGCAAAGGCCAUACCAGCAUCCUCAUCAGAGAAAGUUACUAGAAUCUUCUCAGCAUUUGAAAAAAAAAAGCGAAGGACUUGAUGGAGCCAAUCUUGAUGGUGAAACAGACCGCGGAGAUUCAUGGUACCCUGGUCCUCCACCAAAUCCAGUGAGGCAACGCGUCGCAAAACCAGCUUCUGAAGCAGAGCAGUCAUAGCUCUUGCCGGCCGGCUCAUCUUCUGGAGAUCCUGGAUGGAUGCCUGACGAUCAAAUAUGCAGGUGGGCAGGAGAGGUGGGGAAGUCCUCCUCCUCUUCUACCUCCCAAGAGAACCAAGACUCAGAAUCGUUUUUGAGAUGGUGAAAAAUUGUUUCUGAAUCUUUCAGCGGGACAAGUUUAAAGCGUGGUGAUGAAAAUGCUUUUACCUGUCUCCCUGGAACAGGUCCGGGAGUUGCAAAAAGGGUUAAUUUGCCUACGGCACAGGGAAUUCCAGAAUUUGGAUGAGUUACCAGUCUGCAAUGCCGGGACAAACAUUGGGCCCAAAACCAGAUGAUCUCUUCUGAUGAAGCUUUUCUCUCCAUGUAGAAAUCACCCAGGAAGUUAUUACUUGCUGGAUCCCAACUCAAGAGUUUACUUCUACAGUUGGCUUGCUUUUACAAGUGCAAAAUUACAAAAAGCCUUUUUUCAUUCUGACUAAUAAUAAUAAUAAUAAAAACUUCUAGCUAGUUUUAAAUACCCAGGAAGAGUUGAAGCCCAGAUUUUUGAAAAGGAGCUAAAUUCUCUCUAAAAAAUUUGGAUCCCAUGGCAAAGAGGAGGUUUUUUUGGUUUCUGUUUUAAAUUGCUCGUUAUGUGAGGUUGUUAUUUAUGAGAGGCUAUUGUUCAAAAGCGAAAGAGCCCAAAGUAUCCCUUUUGCUUAGCCUGAAUUUCAUCCUGUUCCCCAAUGUUGCUUGAUUAGGUACAUUAAGCUUCAUACAUAAUUAUUUGGCAGGAAAAAGAAGUAAUCAUGUAAAGUUAGUUUAGUUAUCUUAUUCCUAAUAGCUUAAAGACUUAAGACUUAGAAAUUUAUUAGAUAAUCCUCUAGCUAGGGAAGGAUGCUGCCAUUGUUAGCAUGGUUGUCAGUUUCUUUUCCUGGGGGGAACUUUUGGCUUAGAUCAGGGGUGUCCAAACUUGGCAACUUUAAGACUUGUAGACUUCCAACUCCCAGAAUUCCUCAGCCAGCUUUGCUAAGUCCACAAGUCUUAAAGUUGCCAAGUUUGGACACCGCUGGCUUAGAUCUUUGAAUAAAAUCUUAUUUUUAUCAGUAUUUCAGGACAUGCAGAUUCUUCCAGAAGCUUCCAUCAGCAUAUCACAAAGCCAAGAAAUUCUGCCAACUAUCGUUUUUCAUGUUCUUUUAGUUCUGUUUCCUAAGACACAACAUUCUCAAGUUUUUUGACAUUACAUUCUUUUGCACCACAAAAAGGCGCUUUUGCCAAUAUUUUUGCUUAAUCAAAGUGUGUUCACAAGGAGGAAGACUCAAGUGGCCACUUGACGUAGCUGGCUAAUCUGCCUUAACUACCCAUUAUGUUGACAAACUACAGGUUUAUCUGAUAAGUUUGAAAAGCUUUAAUAAAAUACAUUUAAGUUUGAAAAGCUUUAGAAAAGCAGGAUAUUUCCUUGCAAAGGCAGUCGUAUAUGGCCUUAGUUGAUAAGUAGAAUACAGUUCAAUUGGCUUAUGAAGCAGGCUUAGAGCCAUUUAGUUUUGUAUAAAAUAUCUCUUCCCCCCCCCCUUCUUAAAGCUUUCUUUAUAUUCUCAUGAAAACCAGGAAUUACUUGUCAUUCUUUUCUGAACCCUGCCCAAGUUUUGAUAUACGUAAUGGGGAACUUACAGACCAUAGCUUUGCUUGUUUUUCCAUUUCCAUUUUCUGUAUGGGAAAAAAAAAAUAGUUCACAUUUUCUUCCAAAGAUGUUAGAAGUCAGAUGCUGGCCAGUAAGCAGCCAUCUCUUCCCCUGCUUGCUUGUGGUUUGCCUGUUUCCUUAAAAGGUCUUAAAAGCCAUUGGGAACCAGGUUCUUUGGCUCUUUAUAGGUGUGUUUGACCCCACCACAGAGAAUUGACUCAGUUAAUAUUUCUUCCUCUCUACCCCAGCUGUACUAUGAAUUUUUAAGAAUGUUUUGGGAAGGGUGUUAUUUUUAUUGAAAAGCCAUGGUGGCGCAGUGGUUACAAUGCAGUAUUGUAGGCUAAUUCUGCCGACUGCCAGCAGUUCGAUCCUGACCAUCUCAAGGUUGACUCAGCCUUCCAUCCUUCCGAGGUCGGUAAAAUGAGGACCCAGGUUGUUGGAGGCACUAUGCUGACUCUGUAAACCUCUUGGAGAGGCACUGUGAAGCGCUAUAUAAGCCUUAAGUGCUAUUGCUAUUCAGCGCCGAGACAAGGAUAUGCAAAGAGGUGGUUCUGUUGGUCGAUUUGUCUUACAUUGAACCGGGAUUGUGUUAAUUGAUUGAAACAAGCUUCUCCGGCACCUGUUCUUGUUUCAGUAAUGGCUGAAACAUGCUGACAACUGGGAGUUCCAUGCUGAAAUUAAUGCAUAUUUGCUUUAAUGUGAUCUGUAUGGAGAAUGAGUAGGUGCCCUUGAAAGCAGUCUGGCUUUAUUCUGUGCAGUCCAGUCUAUGGGAAAUUGCUGCUAGCGUCCAGGGCUUUCUGCUAAGCAACUCAUCUGCUGCUGUUGCUCCUAAGAGCUCCAUUGAAUCUGAAGCUAGUUGAGGUUCUCUUGAAAUGGAGAUACUCAUCCCUGCAGGCAAACAUCUGGAUUUUAUUGUUGAGUUUCUCUAGCAACAAUUUCUCGCUGGUCGGCACAACCUCCACUGAAAGAAACCUUCAAGCAGAAUAAGUUGUCACACAAUGGGGGAGGGGGAUAAAGUUCUAAGCCUACCUGUUCCUUGUGGUGCUCUCCUUUUGCAAAAAGUUGUCUUUUUACAGAGCAGGCAAUACAUAAGCAAUCUAAAGUCAAAAAGUCCUUUCUUACCUUCCUUGUUCAACAUUUGUGGGCUGGCAGUUAAAUAACCUUUAAAACAAAUUCAGAUACUGCAGGAGAGAAAGGGUGAGAUGGGGGUCAUGCUUAAGGACUAUGCUGUGCCGAAGGAAUUAUUCUUCAUUUGUUUCGUUUUUGAAUAAGCCAGUUUAAUUCUCCAAGGAUGUAAAGCAUGUUCAGUAUUCAGCUGUUAAGCUGAUGUGUUUAUUAUAAUUGGUAAGUGUUUUUUGUCCCCUUAAGAAAACAUUUCCAAAUAAUAAAGUUAUCUCCAUGUCUGGAAUUUUA